AUGGAUAAAAAAGGCAUACCAAAAGCUGAAUUCAUUGAAGAUGUCGACGCCUAUAUGAAAGCCAACAAUUAUACAACAUUUAUGGAAGUUGGAAGAUAUUUUGAAGAGUUAUAUCAAAAGUAUAAAAUUAUUGAACAAGCCCUACUACAACGUCGAAUUCGGCUAAUGCAACAAUUACCAGAUAUACAAAAAACACUGGCUGUUGUUCGUCAAUUACAAAAACAGCAUACUAAUUUAGAUGUGACAUUUGAAGUCUCUAACCAAUUGUUUGCACGUGCUUUUAUUCCAAAGGCGGACAAAGUUGGCCUAUGGCUGGGCGCUAAUGUUAUGCUAGAAUAUGAUCUUGAUGAGGCAGAUAAAAUACUCGUGGAAAAUGAACAAUCUGCUCAACAGUCGUUAGAAGAUGUUGA